CAAGAGAACGAUGUAGGUGAAUAAGUUAUGGAUGAUGAGGGUAACCCAGUUAUGAAUGAUGAGGGUAGCCCAGUAAUGGAGGAUGAGGGUAGCCCAGUUAUUGAUGUAGCCAAUGAAGAACCGGGGGCACAGUCACAGCCACAUCCAACUACACCUCCAGCUCCUCAAGAACAACCGCAGGCCUCGGUACCAUAUGUUGUUCAGACACAAUUUACUCCGUCAUAUCCAAUACAUCAACAAUACUGGAGUACCCCACAGUGGGAUGCAGGAGAGGGUGCUUCUUUUAGCCAGUUGCUUGGGUUCAUAGCUGCGGAUGCAGGCCAGUCACAAUUUGGCCAUCAACCUGAAUUUAUGCCCGGUAGGUAUUCUUUGGACGCGAGGAUUCCAUGCCACACUGCCUCAGUUGCUUCUGGAGGUUUGGUUUCUGGAGAUUCUAGUAGAAGUGAUGGUGGUCGGGGGAUACUUAAUAGCCGGAACCUACGGCGUGUAUCAAUGGGUCAGAUUGAAGAAAAUGCCGGGGCAGGUGAGCAUGAAACAGAUGAGUAUCUCAUGGAAGAACCGGAUGAUGAGGAUCAAGACGAGAGCGACGAUGAGGAGAUGGACGAGGAUGAAGAAUCCCGCAACAAUGCCCUUGAUGAUGGGGAUGAUGCAGGUGAAACAGGUAAACAUUACAAUCUCAGGGUGGACCCGCCACGUCGUAACGCUAACCGAUACACCCCGUCCUUGUUCAAGAAGGCCAAGAAAUGCAAGAACUUCGUCGAAGACAUAAAAUGGGCAAUGAGAAAGUAGUUGUGUGGGUCACAUAAGUAUUUUGUGUAUGUAUGUUGGAAACUUGUAAUUUGAACUUAAUAUUGUGUAUGUAUGUUGGAAAAUUGUAAUUUGAACUUAAUAUUGUGUUUGUAUGUUGGAAACUUGUAAUUUGAACUUAAUAUUGUGUUUGUAUGUUGGAACCCU